GCUAGUACUACAGUAGGUUAGCCUAGAGCUGUACAGGGCACUACAAAAGUAGUUAAAGAAAGAUUCUUUAAUAGAAAUCUUCUCUACUUCUAUAGCAGAUAUACAGAAAGCCUUAAAAAAAAAGGCCUCUAGGGACCCUUGUGUCCUCCUCCCUGACUACCUAAAGGAGGAGUUCUAGACGUUUAUAAAGGAAGAAGCAGACAAACUAGCUCCACACAGAGGAGCAGAUGUUGACUAUGCUAUUAAGCUUAUUAAGCAGGACGGCAAACUAGCAAUAAUCCCUUGGGGACCCCUAUACAGCAUGUCAAGAGAAGAACUCUUAGAAGUAGAUAUCCUUUAUUGGCCUUUGGCCAGACUACUACAACAACUAACUAGCUACCUAGACAGAGGCUUCAUUCGUGUGAGCAAAUCUAGCGCCUCAGCGCUAGUGCUAUUUGCCUGGAAACCUGGCAGAGGUCUCUAA